AUGUAUCAGGCAAGCAUACGAGAACAACAAAUCGACGGCAACAAACAUAAAAACGAAGGAUGUGAGGAGACAAGAGAGCAGUUCAAGAACCAUACUUGUGGAAGGUGCAAGAACAGAAGGCCUAGAAAAGAACGUAAGAGGGAAUUCACAUAUGCAGAACUUUACGCAGCAACAGAUGGGUUUUCUAUGAAGAACUUCCUAUCAGGAGGAGGUUGUGGUAAAGUGUACAAGGGGCAGCUUCAUGGGAUAAAGAUUGCUGUGAAGAAACACAAAAACAUUGAAAGUAACAAGCAAGGGGACAAGGAGUUCAGGUCCGAGGUUGAUGCACUCAGCAGAGUGAGACAUGAGAAUGUUGUUGUCAUGUUGGGAUCAUGCUCUGAAGGAAAUCAUAGGCUUCUUGUCUAUGAAUUUGUCUGCAAUGGUUCACUCAACCAGCAUUUACACCAACACUGCCGGAGACCUCUGAGUUGGGAGAACAGAAUCAAGGUAGCCAUUGGAGCAGCAAGAGGAUUACUAUAUUUGCAUGACAACAACAUCAUUCACAGAGACAUGACCCCUAACAACAUUCUUCUUACUCAUGACUUUGAAACAUUGUUGGGAGAUUUUGGGCUGGCAAUUACAAGGAAAGAAGAGAAAGAGACGUCAUCUGAAGAAGAAUGUGUAGGAGGAGAUGAGGAUUAUGCGGCACCAGAAUAUGUUGAAGACGGGAAAUUAUCCACAAAAACAGAUGUUUACUCUUUUGGGGUGGUUCUCUUACAGCUUAUUACUGGCAUGAGAACUACUGAUAAAAGAAGACUUGGAGAAAGAAGCCUUGUGGAAUGGGCAAGGCCACUGUUGAGAGAGAGGAAAUGUGGUAGUGUGAUAGAUAAGAGAAUGAGGGAAGAUCAUGACUGCCAUCAGUUGUAUUGGAUGAGUCGUCUUGCCCAGUCUUGUCUCUCUAAAAAUCCUCACAAGCGUCUAACUAUGGCCCAGGUGGUGGAAGCCUUGAGUCACAUAGCAGAAGGAUGCAAAUGCAAUGACAAGCAGAAGUGUGGUUCCUCUUACCACACAGGUCCAUCAUCCCUUCUCAUCUCUGCUUCUUCUGUGACUCAAACUCAAGGUUGA